AUGCUGGGGCUUGCUGGCCGGCGGCCUCUUGCCGCCGCCGCUGCCGCCGGCGCCAGGCAGCGGGUGCCUCGUGGUGCCGCAGCGCCUGCUGCUGCUAGGCUGGCAGCCCCGCUAGCGCAGCAUCGAUGGGGUCGACCGCUGCAGCAGUUGUCAGGCCUGCAGCGUGCAGCGCAGGAGUUGGCGCAGCCGCACCGGCACCAGGCACGGCGUCAGCGGCCGCAGCAGGUGCAGUGCCAGGCAUCCCGGGCCGGCGCUCGCAGCAGCCCCAGCAGCCGCUCCGCCAAGGCGCUGCUCAUAAAGACCGCUGACUCCAAGCUUCGCAUGCUGGCCUCCUUCUGGAACGUGUGCGACCUGCUGUCCUUUGCGCCGCCGCUGGUGGACGCGGCCCUUAGGGCCACCGGCACCUCGGUCAGCCUGCUGGCGGGCAUCGACCUGCGGUGGACCAAGAUCCUGCGCUCCAUGCGCGUGCUGCGCGUGGGCCUGCUGUCCUCAGAGCUGCGCUCCCUCCACCUCAGCACGCGCAAGGGCGGCUUCCUAUCUGCCGGCACCAACUUCCGCCUCUUCCAGCUCCUCAACUCCGUGCUCAUCAUGCUCUUCACCACCUCCUCCAUCAUCCAGAUCGUGGAGAAGAUGCCCUUCCACCAGGCGCUCUACAUGGUGGUGACCACGCUGACGACCGUGGGUUUUGGCGACGUGGUGCCCCACAGCCUGCUGGGCAAGGCGGUGGUCAUCGCCACCAUCUCCAUCGGCGUGGUCAUGAUCCCGGUGCAGGCGGCCCAGCUGUACGCAGAGUUCACGGCGAGGCGCGUGUUCCUGCACUCGCCGGUACCGCAGAGCCUGGUGGGGCGGCGGUUUGCUGAUGUGGCGCAGUGGCUGUACUGGUCUUCGGGCAAGGUGCUGAUAGGCCUGAUUGACGGCGGCGAGCGGCUGCUGGUCAACCCGGCUGACAUGUCGCUGCCAGCUGGCGCCGCGCUGAUCGUGGUGGGGCAGUCCAAGCGCGCGCUGGCCAAGGCGCUGCGCCAGCCCUUUGCCCGCAUGCGGGAGGCGGAGGUGGAGCGGCUGCGCUACCUGCCGCAGGAGCUGGCGCGGGCGACGGCGGCGGGCGAGGCGCGCGCGGGAACGCGCGGCCACGACUGGCUGCUACAGACCAUGGACGCCGGCGACGCGGCGGCCGCGGCGGCGGUGGCCGCGGCCUACCGCGGCGGCGGCGAGGAGGACGGGUAUGGGCAGUACGAGGACGGCAGCGGGUUUGACGCCGCCGCCAUGCCGCCGUCUUGCGUGCCGCUGCUGGUGGGCAACCCCGACUCUGACAGCCUAGACGCGGACAGCGUGCCGUGCGUGCCUCCGGAGCUUGCCUCCCGCCUCACCACCCCCGCGGCGGUCAAGGCCUUUGUGCGCGAGUACCAGCACAGCCAGGAGGCGCAGCGGCAGCAGCACGAGAGCGGCUCCAUCGCGCCAUCCACCGCCGAGGCGCUCGCGGUCGAGGCGACGGCGACGGCCGCCGCGGAGGCCGCCGGCGCCGGCGCCAGCAGCGGCGGCGGCGGGCGCGGGGGCCGGGGCGCGCUGGCGGGGCGGGGGCCGCCUGCCAAGGUGGACUUUGGCGCCUGCUCGAUAGACUGGAGCGCGGAGCAGGGGGCGGGCGCUGGCAGCUUUGUCGCCGCGCCCGGCAGCACGCUGGACGGCGCCGCGGACGGCGUCGGCGCCCCAGGCCCGGCCGCCGGCAUGGGUGCCGUCACGGGCGCCGCGGGGCCGCCGCCCCAGGGUGAGCCCGACACGGGGCGCGCGCUGGGCGCGGGGGGCUGCGGCGGCGGCGGGGCCAUCCACUUUGUGGAGGGGUCGCCCUCGGAGGCUGCCUCCCUGCGCCAGGCGGGCGCCUCCACGGCCCGAGCGCUCAUCUAUCUGGCGCGGUCGGCGCGGCCGGUGCGUUCGGCGCAGGCCACGGGCGGCGCUGUGGAGAAGGAGCGCAGCACGAGGGAGGCGGUACUGGCAGAUGCCCAGGCGCUGCUGGCGGUGUAUGGCGUGGGCGAGGAGUCUGGUGCGGAGCUGACCCAUGCGGUGGCCAACCCUUACUUUGCCGCGGGGCGCGUGACUGUGCCCGCCCUGCUGGACACCUUUGCCUGCCAGUCCUUUUUCAACGAGGGCAUGCUGAUCGACCUGCUGGCGGAGCUGAGCGGCGACGUGGAGGACGGGUGCGGCGGCGGCGCCGCGCUGCAGCAGGUGCCAGUGCCCGCGGGGCUGGUGGGGCGCCCCUACGGCGAGGUCUUCAUGCACCUGGCCCUCAGCGCGCAGCUGCUGUGCCUGGGGCUGUACCGCCGCAAGAGCGAGAACCCAGGCACCCGUCUCAGUUAUGUGGUGUGCAACCCUGGGUGGGGGGAGCCGCUGGAGGGCACAGACCGCAUCUUUGUGCUGCGCCCGCGCGCCACCGCCUAG